CUGCGGCUUCCGUGUCUGCGCUUGUCGCAACCGCCGCGCCGUGCUCCGCUCGCGGCUCGUGAGGGGCGGGAGCCGGGGGUCGCGGAGGGGCCGGGCGGUAGCCGGAGUGGGCCUGGGCCGCCCUGCGGCGCGCAGUUCAAAGUAAGGAAUACCUCUCUCCUGCUUCUUUCUGUAAGCAGCAUCUCAUUGUGCAGGAGCUCGAUCAUGCAACCUCCACCCCAGGCUGUCGCGUCUGGUGUGGUCCGGCCGCCUCCGUCCGGGAGUCCUCAGAGCAUGUUCUGGUCCAACAGCCCGUAUAGGAGACAGGCCAAUAGUAAUGCACCAGUGGCCCCCAUAACCUGCCCACUGCAGCCGGUGACGGACCCGUUUGCUUUUAGUAGACAGGCGCUCCAAAAUACAUCAUUGGGCAGUUCGUCUAAAAGUAGCCCACCCGUUGUGCAAGGCUCAGCCCCACCACUGUCUCUUCAGCGUGCUGGUCUGCCUGGGCCACACGCAAAUGCUGGGGAUAGCUCCCGAGGACCCUGCGAGCCUCUGCCGCAGCCCAUGUCAGAUGCCAGCCCAUUUCCCGGCGUGCUGAGCCCCUCGGCACCGCCUGGGCCCGAGGUGAACAGGAGAGUCGAGGUCGCUCCCGGCCCGGAGCCUGAAGCUCAGACCCCGCCGUACCCUCCUCAGUACAUUCCAGGAGUGGGUCCUGACAGCUGUCGUGUGGGCCAUCCACAGGCGAACACGCCACGGCCCGACAGACCCCUGAGCAGGCCGAGCCUGCACGACGGCACCGCGACAUCAGCAGCGCCCCCUUUCCUCCCUCAGCCUCGUCAGCAAACGCCCGGGCAGUGGGGGCCGGUGCAGGGAGGCCCGCAGCCCUCGGGGCAGCAUUACCGGCCCUGCCCAGAGGGACCUGUGCAGAACACGGUGUGCCACGCCUCCAGCGCCACCCACUUUCCCGCUCCGUCCAACCUGCGUCAGGGUCCUGGCCACGAGCAACACGGCCCCCUGGUGUCUUUACCGGGACCCUCGGCCAGCGACGGGAGAAAUGAGGCAGUCUACCUGCAAAGUGGAAACCACUCAGCAAAUAGCUUUGAUCCAGAAAAUGCAUUCAGGCAGAAUUCCAGAGUUGGGAACGCUCGGGCGGGCCAGGAGUUCAGGUUGAGUCCAGGAGUGAAUAGAGAGCAGUUGUCAGACCUGGCUCUCGUCAACCCCCUCGCUCAGGGAAGCAGCCCAGAAAGCCACUCGCAUGACCCCCUGGCUGCCGGGAGCAGCUGGACCCUGCCGGAAGCGGGCUCGGGGGCGCUCUCCAUGUUUUUCAAAGGAGGAGAGACAGAGAACGAAGAGAACCUCACAUCUGAAAAAGCAGUCUCUGCCGGUCAGUCUGACUUUGAUGGUUUCUCCCCCGGCCCGGGCCUCGGCCAGCCUCCUGCACACAUGGGGGCAGGAGGCGUUUAUCAGGCCUUUCUCAGAGGUUCCAGCAGCGAGCCCACGCAGCAGGGAGGAGACCCGCAGACUUACUUUUCUCAGUCUGCAGGCAUCCGGCACGACAAAGCAACUACGAACGCUGCCGCUGUUGACACGUGGGGUGACGUGGCACGUGCGGGGGCUCACGGUGCUGGCGGCCUGCAGUAUGAGAACGUCGAGAACUUAGAGUUCAUUCAGAACCAGGAAGUUCUGCCAAGUGAGCCCCUAAGUGCAGACCCUUCCCCCCCAAGCGCUCAGCUCAGAUACGGGCCCCUUCCCGGGCCGGCUGUCCCCAGGCUCAGUGCCGUGGGCCACGCUGGAGGCGGGGCCCCUAAUCUCGAGGCCCCAGAUACGACGGCGCACGCUGCGCGUUCUGAGAGCGUGUCUUCCAGUUACAGCAGCCAGAGCCAUCGGGGUCUUCCCAGUGCAGCCAGGCCCCACGACUCGGGGGGCACGUUCAUUCAGCAGGAGGUUGGAAAACCUGAAGAUGAGGCUGCGGGGAGGUUUUUUAAGCAGAUCGACUCUUCUCCUGUGGGAGGCGGGACAGACAAGAGCACCGUGAGCCAGAACUACCGCGGCAGCCUGCCCCAGCCCUCGGCCCCGGGCCCCCCAAAGCCUAUGGGAAUAUUUCAGACGAGUGCAAAUAGUUCUUUUGAACCAGUGAAAUCGCACUUCGCUGGAGUAAAACCAGUCGAGGCAGACCGCGCCAACGUGGUGGGCGAGGUGAGGGGCCCCAGCGCCCACCAGAAGCAGCGCAGAGCAGCCUCUGCCGCGCCCGACGCCUCCCCUGGCAACCUGGAGCAGCCCCCCGACAACAUGGAGACCCUCUUCCUGCCCCGGCUCUGUGCUCCACCUCUCACCACACCCACGGAGGCCAGUCCCGGGCUUCCGCACGCCGCGGGGCCGCCCUUGGAAGCUGUGCUCCCCACGCCUGAGAAGAGGCCCUUGACCAGGGCGCAGGGGGCUGUGAAGUGUGAGAGCCCAGCCACGACUUUGUGGGCGCAGAACGAGCUGCCGGAUUUUGGAGGCAAUGUCCUCCUAGCCCCAGCUGCUCCCGUACUUCACGUGCCCGCGAAACCUCAGCCCUCUGAAGUGAUCCAGCCUCCAGACGAGGGGCUGUGCGGCCAGCAGUCCCAGCAGCCGGGCCCCGGCCCCACCGUGCAGAGCGGGGACGGCAUUGGUGCUUCCGAGAAUCUCGAGAAUCCUCCCCAAAUGGGCGAAGAGGAGGCCCUCCCGUCCCAGGCAGGUCCUGGUUAUGCCAGUCUGCUGUCCUCCCCACCCACCGAGUCUUUGCAGAAUCAGCCAGUCUUGAUCGCCCAGCCUGAUCAAAGCUAUAAUUUGGCUCAGCCGGUUAAUUUUUCUGUGUCCUCAUUGAAUCCUAAUGAGAAGAAUCAGUCCUGGAGAGAUUCUUGGGUGGGAGAUAAGCCCACAGUAAGCAGCCAGGCUGCUGGGGGUGAUUCUGGAGAAAACGCUCUUUUGUCUGGGACUCCAGCUGGCGCUCUCAUCUGCUCGCCUCUGCCUAACCAUCUUGCCCAGAGUAAUUUCCCACAAGUUUGUGGUACCUCGGAAAUGGUUUCUAGUCAACCUGCUAAUUUGCUGGUUCAACCACCGUCUCAUCCAGUUCCGAAGAACUUGCUUCCGGAAAGUCAAAAGAUUCAUAAUGCAGAGAGCAUUCUUCCUGAGUUAGUUACCAGUCCUGCUGUAAGCACAGGCGUGAUGUUAGUUCCGCCUGCGAACAAUACCUCAGAACCUGACAGUAAUAAGGCACAUCUGUCCAGCAGUCGGGAUGAAGCUUCGGGAGCCCUAGACUUCUCAUUCAGUCGGACUUUGGAAAACCCCGUAGGAAUGUAUAGCCCGGCCCAGGCUGAUAGCCCAGCUUCUUGUCAGCAAACCAUCUCCAGUCACAGACCGUGUGGGCCUGGGGCACAUACCCCAGACCGUUUCUACCAACAGGUGACGAAAGAUGCUCAGGACCAGCAUGGCCCAGAGAGAGCCCAGCAGGAGCCGGCCCCUCCCCCUCCCCCUCCCCCUCCCCAGGGGCCCAAAGCAGCACUUCCAGAGCCUUCAAACCCAGGAGGUCCACCAGUGCAAGGACAGCCCCCCAGCCCAACCCAUCCGUCUGCAAGUCCGGCUCCAGCUGACAUGGGCCAGCAGCAGCUGCUGCCUCGACCACCUCGGUCCUCCAGCGUGUCCGUCGCAUCUACCAGCUCAAGCCAGGCGGCCACGCGGUCUGACCAGCAGUGGCUGCAGCCGCCGCCUCCAGACUUGGCGUCCUACUACUAUUACGGGUCCCUGUACGAUGGCUACCAGCCCCCGUACCCCUCACCAUACCCGCCGGAUCCUGGCACCGUCCCCCACUAUUACCAGCAGGACAUCUACGGCCUCUGUGAGCCCAGAUACAGGCCCUACGAUGGUGCAGCCGCUGCCUUCGCAGAGAGCUACCGCUACCCCGAGCUCGAGCGGCCCAGCUCCCGGGCGAGUCACUGCUCGGACCGGCCAGCUGCCAGGCAAGGGUAUCCUGAAGGUUACUAUAAUUCCGGAAGUGGAUGGAGCAGUCAGAGUGACUACUGUGCAAGUUAUUACCCCAGCCGGUGCGACUACGCAGAUCCAGGUCACUGGGAUCGGUACCACUAUGGUUCUCGGUCCAGGGACCCCCGCACCUAUGACCGGAGGUGUUGGUAUGAUGCCGAGUACGAUCCGUAUAGGAAGGAAAGCUAUGCUUAUGGGGACAGGCCCGAGAAAUACGACGACCCCUGGAGGUACGACCCCCGCUUCACCGGGAGUUUUGACGACGAGCCUGAGCCGCACAGGGACCCUUACGGGGAGGAGGUGGACCGGCGGAGCGAGCACUCAGCGCGGAGCCUGCACAGCAGUUUCAGCUCCCACUCCCACCAGAGUCAGGUGUACAGAGGUCGCAACGUGACUGCUGGGCCCUACGAGGCGCCCCCUCCGCCGGGCUCCUUCCACAGCGAUUACGCCUACGGCCCCUACGGCGGCGAUUUCCACGGCACCCCGGGCUUCCCGGAGUACGGCUACCCUGCCGAGGCCGGCUGGCCCUCCGUGGAGCAAGCUCCAUCAAGACCAACUUCUCCUGAGAAAUUCUCAGUGCCUCAUAUCUGUGCCAGGUUUGGUCCUGGGGGUCAGCUCAUCAAAGUGAUUCCAAAUCUGCCUUCAGAAGGACAGCCCGCAUUGGUUGAAAUUCACAGCAUGGAGACCUUGCUGCAACACACGCCGGAGCAGGAGGAGAUGCGGGCGUUCCCGGGGCCUCUUGGCAAAGAUGACACCCAUAAAGUGGAUGUUAUUAAUUUUGCACAGAGCAAAGCUACAAAAUGUUUACAGAACGAAAAUUUAAUUGACAAAGAGUCCGCAAGUCUUCUUUGGAGCUUUAUUGUUCUGUUGUGCAGACAGAACGGGACCGUGGUGGGCACAGACAUCGCGGAACUCUUGUUACGAGACCACCGAACCGUGUGGCUUCCUGGGAAGUCGCCCAGUGAGGCCAACCUGAUUGAUUUCACCCAUGAGCCUGCGGAGCAAGUGGAGGAGGAGUCCGGGGAGGCCCAGCUCUCGUUUCUCACUGACAGUCAGGCCGCCACCACCCUUGAAAAAGACACGGAGCGGUUCCGAGAGCUGCUGCUCUACGGCCGGAAGAAGGAUGCUUUAGAGUCCGCGAUGAAGAACGGCUUGUGGGGUCACGCCCUGUUACUUGCCAGCAAGAUGGACAGCCGGACGCACGCCAGAGUCAUGACCAGGUUCGCCAACAGCCUUCCGAUCAACGACCCUCUGCAGACGGUCUACCAGCUGAUGUCCGGGCGGAUGCCAGCCGCGUCCACGUGUUGUGGAGAUGAGAAGUGGGGAGACUGGCGACCGCACCUGGCCAUGGUUUUGUCCAACCUGAACAACAACGUGGACGUGGAAGCCCGGGCGAUGGCCACGAUGGGGGACACUCUGGCCUCGAGAGGCCUCCUUGAUGCCGCGCACUUCUGCUACCUCGUGGCCCAGGCUGGGUUCGGGGUUUACACCAGGAAAACCACAAAGCUUGUCUUAAUUGGAUCAAACCACGGUUUGCCAUUUUUAAAGUUCGCGACCAACGAAGCUAUUCAGAGGACAGAAGCCUAUGAGUACGCUCAGUCCCUGGGGGCGCAGACCUGCUCCUUACCCAGCUUCCAGGUGUUUAAGUUCAUCUACUGCUGCCGCCUGGCUGAGAUGGGGCUCGCGACGCAGGCCUUCCACUACUGCGAGGUGAUCGCCAAGAGCGUCCUGGCGCAGCCCCACAGACACUCCCCAGUGCUGCUCAGCCAGCUGCUUCAGGUCGCCUCCCAGUUGCGCCUCUUUGACCCUCAGCUGAAGGAGAAGCCGGAGGAGGAGGCCGCUACGGAGCCUGCCUGGCUGGUCCAGCUGCAGCUCGUGGAGAAGCAGGUCAAGGAGGGCACCGCGGCGUGGAGUCUGGACAGAGCCUUCCCCCCGCGCUGUCCCAGCUCGCCGCGCUCCGAGGUGGGGCCGUGUGAUGGCCCAGCGCCCGCCCAGCCAGCAGGCCUGGGCACCGACAACCCGCUGCUGGCGCCGCCUGUGCCCGGCGCUGACCACUUGGGCCAGGACGUGCGGCUGCUGCCCUCAGCUCCACUGACGCUCCCCGACGGUCAGCCGGCCUUCCCCACCAGGGCGCUGAUGUUCCCAGUACCACCCCCCGCGGGCCCUGUCGAGCUGGGCCCUGGCUGUGGACCCCCAGGGGCUGCCCUUGGCUUUCCAGAGCACUCUGGGCCUGAUCCUGUGGCUCCGUACCCAGGGCCUGGCCUGCCAUCUGGCGCACCAUCUCUCCAAGAGACUGAACAUCUGCUCCCGGAGGCCAGGAGCCAGGACGCAGGAAUGAUGCCACAAGAGGCACCCGGCAGAAACGUGCUCUCGGAGCUAGGAGAAGAGGAUUUUGGUGGAAAAUUUGCUAAUGUGGGCUCCUCAAGGACGUCCCAGGGCUCCGAGUCAUCUCCGGGCUGGGGCAGCGCUGGCUCAGGGGCCCUGCAGCCGCCUCCGCCUCUGCCGCCCGCGCCCGACGUGAAGAGACCUGUCCAGGCAGCUAAGGAGACCAAGGAGCCUAAGAAGAGCGGCGAGUCCUGGUUCUCUCGUUGGCUGCCUGUGAAGAAGAGGACAGAAGCUUACUUGCCAGACGACAAAAACAAAUCGAUUGUCUGGGAUGAAAAGAAGAACCGCUGGGUGGACACGAACGAGCCGGAGGAGGAGAAGAAGGCUCCGCCCCCACCUCCAGCAUCCCUUCCCAAGGCUCUGCAAGCUGCCCACCCUGGUCCUGGAGGGCCCCCCAGACCCGCUGUGAACAUGUAUUCUAGAAAAGCAGCCCGAGCCCGAGCGCGCUACGUGGAUGUCUUGAACCCGGGGGGCCCCCGGCGGAGCGAGCCAGCCCUUGCUCCCGCGGACUUCUUUGCACCACUGGCCCCACUCCCAAUUCCCACACACCUGUUCGGACCAAACCCAGCAGAUGCAGAGGAAGCACCGCCCGCCGAGGGGGCUGGCAGGGACGGGCAGGCACCGACGGGGGGGCCAGCCAAGCCAGAGCCCACCUCGGAGCCCAAGGUGCUCAGUUCUGCGGCGUCGCUCCCCGGACCUGAACGGCCACCCUCCGGAGCGGACGGUUCCCAGGGAGGAGAGCUGUCGCGCUGUAGUUCACUGAGCUCGUUAUCACGUGAAGUGAGCCAGCAUUUUAACCAGGCUCCCCGUGCUCUCGGCCCUGCAGGGGGCCCUCCUGCGGCAGCGGUGCCCUUCUACAACCCCGCUCAGUUUGCACAAGCCUCUGCUGCCUCGGGAAGUUCAAGGAUGGGAAGGAUUGGCCAGAGGAAGUACCCAGCAUAUUGAGCUAGAAUGGUCCCUGUCCUGGUUUGGUAUUUGGAGCCCUGAAGUGGUUAUUCCACCAAGAGUUCAGACUGAUUGCCUGCGACUCCCGUCUGCUCCCUAAUGGAGACGGAUGCAGCGAUUCAGAAGUGAUUUAUGAAGUGUCGCCAGCAUUAAUUCCACACUUUCAGGAAGCUGGAUGAGAAGAGGGAAUCUGUGACUUACUAGAAUUUUCCAUCUGAAGGAAUAAUUUAAGGAUCCAGCAUUCACAGUCAUUUGAGGAUGUUACACUAAGUGAAGCUGGAAACAUCUUGGCUACGGGAGGACUUUGCUUUUCAGUAACUAAGGCAUCUCUCAAAACCUAACGGUGAAUUAUUGCCAGGUAAAUCCCAGGGGUCCUUUAAGAUGCCGGAAGGAAACAGUGCACCUUUGACUCAGAGAGGAACGCGGCGAGGGGUGCACGUCCAGAGUUGGUCAGCCCCCACCUUGCGUUGUUGAAGCUGGAAGGAUGCUUCGUCUCAAAGGAAACAUGGGCUUCAUUUAGCAACAAUUCCGUUAGGUUUCGAGAGCAGCCCUCGCUGCUGACGUGUGUUUAUCUCCUGUAGCGAAGAGUGUCCAGCCCUGCGUAAUUUCCUGUGGCCUCACUAGGACCAUGACGCUUCCACGCAGCCGGAGGGACUGGCUCUGCUGUCACGAGGGGCGGCGCCGUCGCUGGGACAGAGCCACAGGGGCCUCUGCUCUGAUGUGACGGAUCCGAGUUGACAAACCAGUGUCACAACUGUGGCUGAUAAGUUUGGUUUGGACUUUUCCCUGUGGACCAGCUGAGGCCAUGUGUUCUGGCCCGCCUUCACGGUGCAGUCCAGUUGUCUGGCUUCCUCUCACCAUUGCAUCAUUUAAGGAGUUGGUAACAUCUUGAAGAAAGGGGCUUAAAAUUUCUUGUGAGAAGCUCUGGAAUCUGAACUUUCUGCCCCGAGACCUUCCGUGGCUAAUGUGCUGACUCAGCCUGUGAACCUGCACAGGAAGACCUCCUCCUGGUGGACUCAGCUUUAAGGCUUCAUCGACUGUUCUUAAAACUGUUCACUUUCUUCUUCGGUCUAAGGAAAAGAUUUCAAUAUUUAAAAAAAUCAUUAGGAAAUAAUUUCUGUAGAACGCUGGUGGAACACGGUUUGUUGGGGCUUUAGGUCCAAGGGUAGGGCUUGUGUGAGGGUGGGGUCCGCGCGGGCCGCUCUGGGCCACCUGCCGUCUAGGAAGGACUCACAGAACGGUUUCCAGAAUGUUUCACUGGUUCGUCCCUUUGGGAGAGGCCGGCCUUGUCGACGGGCAGUCUCUCGCGUGCCAGGGUCAGCGCUUGGCGCAGUUCCCGGGCCGAGACCCACCUGGCGCCCUCGGCUUCCUCCUCAGCCCUGCCCGUCGUUCUCUGUGUUUGACUGCCAGCGACUUUUGAUUCAAGAAGCUUCCUCUGAGGCGGGAGCUGCUAUUUUUCCUAAAUGCACAUUGUUAAAUAAAAUAUUUUGCGUUCUC